GAGCGGACCUCGUUUAACCGAUAAAUUCAAAAUAGCGAGUAUAUAACCUAGAGAGAUGUCGGAGUUGCGCGACGAAAACGUGACAGAUAAUACGAAAGAUGAGGAAUAUUUAGAUGAAAGUUCUAUCGUUCAAGAUGAUUACAAAAAACUGAAGCAGGAAAACGAGUGCUAUCGGCAAGAGUUGUACGUUUUACGAUUCAAGUUGAAAGCAAGCGAAGCACUCGAGGAAGAACUUCAGGAGGCUAAUGAAGCUUUAGAGCAAUCGCUCGCUCAAUGUACAACAAAAGCGGAAAAAGCAUCUCUCGAAAGGGAGGAAAAAUAUAGGACUAAGAGGGCAGAAUAUGAGAACCACAUUGUAAAUUUAGAAACUAAGGCUAUACAAAGUACACAAGAAAUUAUUGAAUUACGGGAGGAGCUAAAGAAAUAUAAGGAAUUUAAAAAUGAACAACAACAGAAUCUCACUCUUAAUGAGGAUAAUUCAAUAGAAUAUAAAGAAAAAAUUGAGGAAUUAGUUAAACUGCUUCAAAAUGAAGUAGAGAAGCAGGAACAAUUGGAGGAGAAAUUCGCUAACAUGAAGAAUUAUAUUCAAGAACUUCAAGAUACUUUGCAGGUAACAAAGGAACAGUUGGCCGAAAAAGAUAUGGCAUUGGAAAAUACACGCGAAGAAUUAGCUGUGAGCCGUAUAGAAUUAGAGUCAUUAAAAAUAACUCCUGCUAAUGAUGCGUGUAAAGGCAAUUCCUUGUUCGCUGAAGUGGAAGAUCGCCGGCAAAUGUUGUUGGACAAAAUGAAUGUGUUACAAGAUAAAUAUAACGAAGCGAAACGAACGUUAAAUAAAAAAAUAAACGAAAUUAGAACGUUGAAGAUGGAAAAGGCUGCCAUGGUUCGAAAAUGGGAAACUGAUACGAUUGAUGCACUACAGGAGAACGCAGACCUAAUAGAUAAAUACAAGAGCAGAAUUUUUGAGCUCGAAAAUAAAUUAAAGGCUGAAAUGAAAAAGAAUAAUCAGAUGGAAGAAAUACGAUCUGAUGAUGGUGAUAGUUUUAAUUAUGCUGAAUCGUUGUUAGCAACAAAGAAAAAAGAACUCGCGGAAUUGCAUAAGAAACUUGAGAAGCAAGCUAUAGAAAUGUUAACGCAAGAAGAAGUGAACUAUGAUAUUUCGAAACAGCUACGGUAUUGGCGAUCUAAAGCAAUGUCUAUGGAGGCCCAAAUUUUAGCUAUAAAGACGCAAUUAGAAUCAGAACAGGCAAACGAUAAUAACAAUAAAACUGUUUUGGAAGAUAUCAAGAAUUAUACGACCAUUAACAACACAGAUUUAAAAAAGACCUGUGAUUUACAUAUUGUACCUGACAUGCCGGAUAAUAAUACAUGCUGUGGAAAAUCCACGGAUAUAUCCGAAAUACCAAGAGCAGAUGGAUGUGCGAUUGAACAGAAAGAAGCUGGUGGAAAACUCUUACGAUUCGCUCAGGACGCCAAAGACACCGGGAGUAAAUCUUUAAAGAGGCAACCCAAACAAUAUGAUUAUCCUAUUAUAUCCAUUCCCGAUAUUUUAUAAUCUUAAAUAUUCUUGCGAUAUAUUAUGAUACUCGUACUAUUUUAACGACUAAUCCGAUUUAAUACGUUUAUAUGAUAUAUACACCCGAACUAUGAGAUAAGGGAAAAUAAUCGUGUGUGGAGAAAUGCAAAUACAUCUUCAGAUUGUAUUAUUUAAUAAA